CUCUUCCCAUCAUCGCCCGCUUCUCUCGUGAUUCCGGUUUAACCCCGAGCUUGCACGUCCUCCGACGUUCAUCCUCGCCGCAACCGCCUCGAAGGAGGGAACAGAGACAGUAGUGCCUGCGGACUGAAUGCAUAUAAAGCGCAGGUGCCAGGGCCAGGAGAGACAAGCCAGGCCCCGAACACCAUGUUCUCUCUUACUGCUGCAUUCGUCGCCGCCUUCCUCGCCUCUACCGCCGCCGCGCAUGGAGGUGUGAACGACUAUGUGAUCGACGGCGAGACCUACGCCGGAUGGGAGCCGUACAACAGUGCUGAUGGCCAGUCGACCAUCGAGAGGCCGUACAGCUCGUACAACCCCAUCAUGGACGCCACCGACGCCACCAUUCACUGCAACGACGAUGGCACCGCCGGCGCAGGUCAGCAGACCGCGACCAUCGCCGCCGGUUCCGAGAUCACCGCCAAGUGGGACCAGUGGACGCAUCGCGAGGGCCCCGUCAUGGUCUACCUCGCCAACUGCGGCGGCGACUGCACCUCCGUGAACAGCGCCGACCUCAAGUGGUUCAAGAUCGACGAGGCUGGCCUACUUUCGGGCACGGUUGGCGACGGUGAAUGGGGCAACGGCGUCGUUGUCGACACCCUUGAGUGGACGUCUACCAUCCCGGAGAGCCUCGCGCCGGGCAACUACCUCAUCCGCGUAAGGAGCGAGCCAACACGCCCCAGUUCUACCCGGAAUGUGCUCAACUUGAGAUUACUGGCUCUGGUAGCGCCACGCCCAGCGACGAGUACUUGGUCACCUUCCCUGGCGCCUACUCGCCCUCCGACCCCGGCAUCGACAUCGACAUCUACGACGCCACCACGGGCGCGGAGACCACGUACCCGGUCCCGGGCCCGUCCGUCUGGAGCGGUUGAAGGGUGCGUUAGUGUUUCCCUUUUCGCGGAGCAUGGUGGUUUUUCACUCAAUCUGUAUGUAAGUGUACUGGUGUAAAUGUUUUUUUGUGGUUCAAUGUGUUGUACGCGUUCACAUCAACCCUUCUCGAGCCCCGAAGAUCAAGCGUCAACCUUGCAACGAUGGC